CUUUUUUAUUUAUUCCUACGUGAGCAGAUCCAGUACAGUUCUUGCAUAUAAACAGUGAAAAUUUCAAUAUAAAGGACUUAUUAUACCUUAUUUUGGAGUAACAUUAGUGCUAGCCAGAACCUUGCCUACUAUGUAAGACUAAGAAGAUACAUUUUCUGCGGGUAAUCCCAAAGCUUUCAGAAAACACUUGUCUGCUAUUCUGCAAAUGCUGACUAUCUGGUCUGGACCACUCUCCUGGGGCCAAAGUGUUUACAGAUCUCAUCUGAAUGAUACAGUCCCUCAGACAUGCUCAGUCUUGUACUUGCAUGAAUUAGAGCAAGGACUAUACAUCAAUUAUUGAAUCCUGUUUGAUGCUAUAUAUUUGCUUGGUCACAAGCCACUGGCUUUGUUUGGCUAUUUGAGAAGAUUAGUUUCAGCUGCUAAAGUAAAAAGAUGGGACAAGAAGAAAAAACAACAGCACUGCAGGAAGAAUUUCUGUUUGAUAUUAAUGGGUAUAUUUCUACAGCAAAGCUAUGCAUCAGGAAAGCAAUUGCCCAAAACAGUUAUUAUGCAUGUUAUUUACAUUCUAUGAAAAUAAGAAAUAUUUAAGUGGUCCACAGUUCAAAACUUGAAUCUCUUGCGGAGGGUUAACGUUAGCUAAGUAGGCAUUAGAAAAGGUGGUUGACUAAUUUAUCUUUGCAGUAGUUAACAGUUAACAUACCUUGACUACUGUAAUUUAUACUUUUGUUGUAAGAGAAACCAAGAUUAGUUUCAGAAUGUAAACGUUAAGAAUUCCAAAUUCUCUCUCCAUUAAUGCUCUCCUUUGAUUGGAUAUUUAAAUUAUUUAGGGUUAGAAGAGGCUAGAAGUGGGCCUUUAGGGUUAGAAGAGGGCCUUUAGGGUUAGAAGAGGGCCUUUAGGGUUAGAAGAGGGCCUCAGCCUCCCUGAUUGAACUAACCUCAUUAUCCCUAGCCUGAUUCUUGCUUGCACAUUUAUACCUGCCUCUGAAAAUUUCCACUACAUGCAUCUGGCGAAGUGGGUAUUCACCCACGAAAGCUUAUGCUCCAAUAUGUCUGUUAGUCUAUAAGGUGCCACAGAACUCUUUGCCGCUUUUAAAUUAUUUAGUUUAUCUUGGUGAUUGGUCUAACUAAUAAUUUUCUCUGUAACAAAAUAUUGGUAAAUGUGGGUAGAAAUUGAAAGAAUAUCUCAAAAUAGAAUAGAUUACCUAGAAAUAUAAAUAAAAACCAACAGAAUGAAAAGAAUUAGUUUCCUAGUCAAUAGUUAAAAUCUUCAUUUGCAUCUGGGGCAUAACCACCAGAUGCUGUUCGAAUGGCCUAAUGAAAUGGGUCGCAGAGAAACUUAUUACUUGCAGGCCUCAAACUGCGAUUCAAUGGCCCAACAAAACAAGAAAAUGCGCCCUGUAUUACUCAAACGGAAUAGCCUGGAUUCAGUUGAUUUUAUGAGGCAGCCACACCACCGCAGGAGCAAAUCUCAGCAAGUCCGAUUCAAAGAGGAUAGUACAAACAAGAAGCCAAUUGGUGUCACUGAAAUGGACGCUAAACCUGCCAAAGACACAACGCUCAUGAUUGGAAAGGCACAAAUAUCUAGGCACCAUAACCUGCCAAACUAUUCUCUCUCUUUCCCAAGGGCUCAGAAGGGGCAUCGGAAUAUUGCUAUUCAAACUUCUCCCAGCCUCAGGAAGCAUUUUCCAAUUUUUAAAAAGAAAAAACUGACAACAAGUAAGUCUUUAAUGGAAAUGCCAACCGAGCCGGAAUGCUCUAUCCAAGUCAACGGCAAUCUUUCUGAGCAAGACAUGUCUUUGGACCUCUCUUACUUAAGAAUAACUAAACAUUUGGAAGAUGGAUCUAGAAGAGCCAAGACAUCCAAUCAGUUAUUUCAAAGAGAGUGUAAAGCACAAAGCAAUGGGCCUAUCCACUCAGCGUCAGAUACUUCCACAAUACUGGAAAAGGCAACUGUUUAUACACAGGUGCCUGAAUACAUACAUCUGACUUCUCCACAGGACAAUAGCACUUCCGUUUAUGCUUCAGACAUGUCCAUGGAUUUAAAUGAUUCAGUACGUUCUCCUAUGAGCCAAUCCAAUGAAAACUGUACACUGCCAUCCAAAUCAGGAAAACCUCCCUCCUACUUAAACAAUACCAGGAACUGUAAUGAAAUUAAUCCACAUUAUGACUCUUGUGAAGAAAAAAGUGUUUUGGAGUUAUGUGUAUCCACUAAAGACACUAGCACUAAUGAAAUCACUCCAUUAUCACCUCUGUCGAACCAGAGUUCAUCCCACUGCUUUCUCAGAGAUCAUCAACAGCCAACAGAGCCUGAAACAGACUCUGAUUGCAUGGUGCUGACUAAUGAUAAUCAUGGAAUAACAUCAUUGACCAGCAGUAAUGAAUCAAAAUCUAUUCCCUUGUGUAACACUGAAAUGGAUAAAACUUCUACAUGGUCAUAUGUUCCAGAGUAUUGCAAUUAUUUAGAAGAUUUUCACAUAAAGUCCCAUCUUCCAGGGAAUGAAAUUAAACCAGAAACCAACAAGGAGAUUAGAGACAUUAAUCAAAUUCACUUGGCACAUAGUGAACUAUGUGCCCUACAAGGCAAGCUGCAGUCCAUAGAGGAAUCUUUACACUCAAACCAGGAGAAGAUUAAAGUCCUUUUGAAUGUAAUUCAAGACCUGGAAAAAGCCAGAGCCCUCAGUGAAGGGCGCAACUUCUAUCGCACUGGCCAAGACCUCAACAACUGCAGCACUUGCCAGAACACCGCAUGUAUCAUUUACAGUGUGGAAUAUGACUUCAGACAACAAGAAGGCAGAUUUCAUCAGGUUUUGAAAACACUGGAUCAAGUGGAGAAAACUCCUGCCACGGCUCCAGCCCCCAAAUUACCACCUGACCAUCCAAUUCCUGAGAAACAGGAAUUAAGACGAAAAACAAAAAAGGUGAAAAAGAAAUGCUUCUGGUGGAUGUGAAUGUCUUUUAGCUGACUACAGAAUUGAAGGGCAACAUUUCAGAAGACACUAAAACAUAUAUCCAGAGGCUUUAAUAUGUACAACUAUGAAAUCAAACAGGAAAUUAAAAAAUUAAAAAAAGAAGUUAUUUGAAAACUCAGAAGCUUGGAAUGGAAUUUGCUCAUUUAACAAGCUCAGUGAAUAAAGACACGAGUAUUUUGAAAUGGGAUGCAAUCUAUCUUUUUGUUUCAAAAAGACGUCUCAUAUGCUUUGUAAAGGCAAAAUUUUUACUUUCAAAUAAUACGGAGGUUGUGAUUUAAAUUGAUAAAAACAAGGGUACUCAAAGUAAAGGAAGCUGUUCCCAUAUGCUUUCCCACAUCAUUCUUAGUUUCAAACAAAAUGGCCUAAAAGUCAUUCCCUGAUCUUGUCCCCAAUGGUGCAACCAAAAACUGUGGGGUGGGACACAGAUUUUCAGAAAACUUCCUCUCCAAGAGAGACAAUCCAUUAAAGUUAGAGUUAAAACACUAUAGGACCCAAGACUGGACACGAUUCCUUUUUUUUUGUUGGUGUUAUUCAGAAACUAUUAUUUUGCUGUAGCUGGGGGUGGGGAGAGUCAUAUUUAUUAACACCCUUUCCUAAAAAGCAAUAGCUUUAAAAAACAUCUCUAUCUCUGUUUGUAUCAUUGUGCAUCUAAGAUCCUUCACACUACAUCAAAAUGCCCCAACACAUGCCUCUUUGAUCCAACAGAACAUUACUCACAGCAACUCAGAGUGUGUCAAACCAGUAAUACACUUUGAUGUUCUGAUGUCAAUACAGAUUAGUGCAUUAAAUGUUAAGAGAAAUUAAUGUAGAGCAGAUUUCAACUUAGCUAUUUUUGAAAAUUUAGAAAAAUAGCGGUCACAACUGGUCAAAACGAGAUAUAAAAAUUAAACCUCUUUUUCCCCCAAGAAAAGUAGAAUUCCGCACUGUUUUCCAUACAAAAAUGUUUAGAAAAGGAGGGAAAGUUUCAGCAGAGUAAAUUUAAUAGCCAAGCAUUAAAGCCUUGACAGUACUAUAGGUGACAGAGCAUAAGGCAGUCCUACUCUGAAAGAGACUUUAAUAUACUAACAUUCUUAUUCAUCAGAUUUAUUCCCGGGGGAUAUAGUCUUAUUACUUGAGUAAAACAAACAUGAGCACUUUUGUCACUACUUUUACAUUAGUGUGUAAUGCUAAGAAAGAGGACAAGUUAGCUUUUGUUCAUUGUUGUACAUCAGCAAAACCAUUUAAUAAGCUCCAGGUAUUAAGGACAAUCAAUUAUAACUGUACAAACCCACUGAAGGUAAUAAAAUUGCACAGGAGUCAUUAAGGGCAGAACCAUAGCACAACAGGGCUUGCUUAGGCGUAACUGGUCUUUAUUUAGACAUGAGGAGGCAUGGAAAGUAAAGAAAUUAGCAUGACUCAUCUGAGUGAGAGUUUUCAGGACUGGGAAUUAGAAAGAAUUAAACACAUUAGAUAUGAAAGUCACUGAGGGCCAGUGAACCUACAAUGCCAUUCAUGGUAACCUUUUUCAGAGGAAAACCUCCCUUUAAAUUCUUGUAGCAAAACUGUGACCUAGUUAUACCCAUAAGCCCCCUUCAAUAAGUAGGGUUAGAAUUUAGCCCUUGUUAGAGCACACCACUAUGGCACCCAUAUAAAUACACAUUUUAUAUACUGGCAUGCCUACAGUAUUCUUCCAUACUGACUGUGUAUCAGUGUGUCUCUAUAACAGAGAUACAGAAGGGUCUAUUUAUGUACAAUAGCAUUCCUUCUAUCCAACUAGUUUUGAACGCUGAGUGUCUCAUGGUAAAGAGACAUCUAUGAGCUGAAUCAAAAGCUAUAACAACUCUCCAGGCUAAAAAUUGCUCUCCCACUCUACCGUUUUCAUGGCUCUUAGCACCUUUAGUGGAAGGUCAUUAGCUUUUAGCUAUCACCAGUCCUAUAUUCCACUCCCAAAGUUUUUUUUUUUCUUUACCAGCAUAAAAUGAGGAAGCAGCCCUUCUGCUAGGGAAUUAACUAGUCACUUGUCAUCCCUUCAGGAUGUGUUUCAAUCUUCAUUAAUUUUUUCUUUAAAAUGUGCAUUUUUAAAAAAUAAACACACAGUACCAUGGUGAAUGAUCUGCUUCUUAUCUUGGCCAGGGGGCUCUUUGUACCUGCAGCAGUUCCUAUUGCAGCCUGCUGCUGAGGGAGAGAAUGCACCAAUUUCCUUCCCAGUUUCAUUCAAGUACAGUCCACAUGUUCUGUUGAGUCCAAACUCGCCCAUUUAAGAGGUAUGGUGUGAUCAUCACAGAACUUAACAUAAAAGUGACUAAGUUCAGCUCACACCUUCUCCUCAGGCUUGGUUGCUCCUAGGGUUCCCUACCUAAUGAUCUCUCAUCCCAUAGAUACUCUCUUUCUAAACAAUCACUCCCAUCUCCAUUAUAUGAGGAUGGUAUAAAGCACCAAUUGCCUCAGUGAGUGAACAGCAGCCACUUAACCAUUUCCUAGCAGUAUCAAAACCCGUUUACAGGGUGUGCUAGCACUGCCAGCCUGUGGUGGGGUUCUCUUUGUCAUCAUUCUAGACUUGAUUAGUGUUUUCUGCACUCAAUCUGGGUGUACAGGAAAAGUUAAGGUUAAGUAUAUGAAGUUAACCCCUUUAAUUCCACACCUGUCUCAAGCACAGCUUGACUACAAUUCACAGUAAAAAAAAGGAAAAAAUCAUGGAAUUGUACAUAUCACACAGAAAAAAUUAUAGCUGCAGAACUAAGCUUCUCUUGCACUCAAGAAUUUAGCAGGCAUCAUACUUGUGCAAUGAAAUUGCACAAUACUGCAUGUGUACAGCUACUAUACACAAACUUCUACAUAGUCCAUGCUUCAUACAAUUUCUUUGUAAAAUUAUGUAUUCAGCUCCUACAUUGCAAUAGUAUUACAUAGCAUUACACUCAAAAGGGUGAUUUCCAUUAAAGAGAACACACUGGAAAAGUAUGUCAGACAUAUAGAUAUAUCAGCGACGUCCGAUGUUACAGAGAAGAGCUAAUGAGAUAUAAAGUCACUCAAAUUGCUCCUUUGCUAUUUUCUCUGUUUUAUUUAGCCUGAACGUAGAAAUUGACAACAUAAAACAAACAUAUUACCAGGUUACAAAUAGGUACUUUAGAUCCUCUAGUGGGCAUAUGUGACACAACCACAACAAAAAGUGGUGCGUGACAUUCCAUUACAAUGCAUCAAAUAGUAAAAGGGAGAACAGAUGGCUCCAGAGACACACUGCUCAGUUGUGUAACAUCAGGAUUAGACUACAAAUAUAUAGAUUUGUAGAUAACAAAACUAUUAAUGUUGGACAGAAAAGAUUCUAUACCAUAACAGUCUACUGUGUAGUGUUCCAAAGUAGCUCCAAUAAGAGGAGUAAAAUACACACACACACACAGAAUGAUCCCAUUUGAUAACAUUGGUAUACAAAAAUAAAGUAGGCUGCUUUGAAAAAUGUGACAUUUAUGUGAGAAAUACACCAAGCUCUUUGUAAAAUACUGUACAACAUAUGGCAUUAUAUAUACCAAAAUUACUGUACUUGAAGUUACUCUUUCAAUUUCUUUUUUAAAAAACAAAACAAAAUGAAUAGAAUCCUGAAUCUGGUAUGACAUAGGUUACAAAGGUUACAAAGCUAUUUUUUUCCUGUAGUUCUAUAACAAAUAUAAUUGUCCUAUCAACAGUCACAAGACUUGGGAAUUAUGCUACCGCAAAUACAGAGCACCUUCCUAAUGAAAUGUAAUAAUCAAAUGUAAUGUUUUGUAAAUUUCUAGACUGUUUUAAUGGGAUAUUAUCUUUUGCAAUAAACUGACUUAUUUUU